AUGUCUAAUUCAGAACUUGCUAUCAGUUAUGCUGCACUUAUUCUAGCAGACGACGGUGUUGAAAUUACUCCUGAUAAAUUAACAACUUUAACCAAAGCUGCGGGUAUUGAUGUUGAACCAGUCUGGGCAAAUUUAUUUGCUAAAGCUCUUGAAGGAAAAAAUGUUACUGAUCUUUUAAUGAACGUUGGUGCAGGUGGUGCUCCCGCUGCAGCUUCAGCUGGUGGUGGCGGUACUACUGUUAUUGUACUUUGGGCUUGGAGAAACAAUAUUCAACAUGCAAGAAAUUUAUUUUUAGAACAUUCAGCCCCUUAUUUUUCAUUAGCCCAAUUAAGAAUUAAAAGAUUUCAAUUCUAA